AGAAAGGUAUGUAUUUGAUAUUUGUUGAAAGUGAGAAAAAGAGUUCUAGUGCAGUCUAGUGCAGGAAUAGAAAACGGACCACAUCGACCACAUGAUCCCAUCUGACAAACUAGACGUCAUCAGCAUGGUGGAAGGGAUUCCUUCCACCUACUUUCAGGCUUCCAACAUAGGACAUGGUAUAUACGAGCGGUGCAAGAGGUCUCUCGCAAAGGCUUUGGUAAAUGCAGGAGGUAAGGCAGGAAAAAUGGCGGAUGAAAGCGAAGAUCAAUGGUUAUACGGGGAUUCAACGGACGGCAAGGAAUAUACAUCGACGAAUAUUCAAUCAGAGAUUCAGCAAAAUGAUUCGACACUCUCCGAAGUUCAGGAGAACUUGCAAAUUCGGGAGGAUCAGAAAGUGGAAGGUACUGGUGAGAUACCGUCCGAGAUGCAAGAAGUUACUGACUCCCUUGGCGAUGGUGAUGAAGAAUCUUCUUCGUUGAAUAAUGCACAAGAAGAGAACUUAGAAGCAAGUAAAAAUGGGACGAGAGAUGCCUCUAGUCAGGAAGAUGGCGAAGCUGCUAGCGAAUCUGAUUCCGAUGAUGAUGUACAUGUUGUUAUUGGUGAUAUCAAGUCAGCACCAACAUAUGGUAAUUUAAAUAUCAAGAGAGGAGGAUUGCUAACAAAUACGUCUGGUGUAGCAGACAAACUGAACAAACAGCCAGGAAAGUUCAGUAUAGAUGAAUUUGAAACUAUCGGCGUUAUCAAUGGGAUACCAGCCCAUGAGUUUAAUUUAGAUCAGUUGGAGGAUAAACCAUGGAGACAACCUGGUGCAGAUAUCACAGAUUAUUUCAACUAUGGUUUCAAUGAAGACACCUGGAGAGCGUAUUGCGAACGUCAGAAGCGAAUGCGAAGCGAGUCUGGAGUGGGAUUAGUCUUAAAUGCAGGUAGUGGUAGUGGUAAUCCAAGUGGCAUGAGAAUGCCUCAAGUGGCGAUAACCAAUGACAACAGCAAAUAUUCCGGCAUUAUGGGUCCUAAGAGAGCUGGCCCACCACCUGGAAGGAAAAUGGCAGGAACUAUAGAUGUUAUAGGAAGUUCUGGUUUAGCUUCUAGAAGAAAUCUGGAUAAAUCCCCACCAAAAGGAAAUGUUAUACAAGUUAUGACUGCUGAUAGAAGAGAGUAUUCUACUCCUGGAGCAGGAUUGCCACCGCCGCCAUUCGACAUACCUCCACCAGGAUAUGCUGGAGAACCGACGCCAUUCUAUAUGCCAGAAACUGAUCCAUAUUAUCAGAGUUAUGAACCCACACAAGACAACCAAUGGGGCAAUGACCCAACAUGGCAGCCAACAAAUCUGGCAAUCCCGAUGACUGAAGGUGAAGAUGACAAAGAUAUGGGACCUAAGACGAUACCUACGAUGGUUCCACCAACAAACAUUCCACCUCUGAUGCAGCCGCGCGAUCAGAGGGAUGGUAGAGACCGAGAACGAGAUAGAGAUAGGGAUCGCGACCGGGAAUUGGAUUCCAUAAGCAGAGAUAGGGACAAGGAUAGAGAUCGCGAUCGUGAUAGAGAAAAGGAUUCCAUGAUGAGGGAUCGCGAUAGAGACUCUAUGACGCGAGAUGAAGAUCGAGAGCGUGAUAGAUCCAGGUCUCAAUAUCGACAUAAAGAUCGACAUCGGCAUCGAUCAAGAUCGCGAUCUCGUAGACACAAAUCAAGAUCACGGAGUCCAACUCGGUCGCGUAAGAAGAAAUCUAGACGCUCGGAUAGAGAGCGUUCCAAGGAAGAAAGUGAAUAAAUGUGUGUACACAUAAAAUCUUUUACUGUAUUAAUUUACGGCGUCAUAGUACAUGAGGUGCAUCAUAGAAUUAAGUGAUCAUUUUACAUAAAAUAAGAUUUUGACUGUUUUGAAAUAAGAUUUUGAGUACAUCGUAUUAGUACAUUGCAUCAGUAAAAUUAUUCGUAAAGCUAAUUGUAAGAUAUACAAGUUAAUUGUCAAAUAUAAAAAAUGAAAUAUUUAGCUGUUCUUGCAGAAGUUACACAAAUGAUAUAAUUUUUGACACAAGUAAAUUAUUAAUGCAAACAA